AUGCAGCGAUCAUUUAAGGGUGCGGCUGUUGGAUCUUCCUUCAGUGAUUUUCGAGAUGCCCGUUUCAAUCAAGAUAGUUCAUGUUUAGCUGUGAGUUGUGCAACAGGGUUUCGGAUAUAUAACUGUAACCCUUUUGCAUUAGCCAAGAAUCGUGAUCUAUCUGGUCAUGCUCGUGGUACUCUACGUACGGUAGAGAUGAUGUACCGUUGUAAUAUCAUUGCCAUUAUCGGUGACAGUGCUUUACCUUCUGACGUUAGUUCCAAGCGUUCUGCUCACAAGGGUCCUUUAUGGCAGGGCAAUGUAUUAAUUUUAUGGGAUGACAAGGCUGGUUGUGAGGUUGCGCAAUUGGUUUUUAAUAAGGAGAUUCUUAAUGUGAAGUUAUCGCGUAACUUACUGGUUGUUGCUGUUGAGGAUAAGUUGUACGUAUAUCAACUGCAGACUGUUAAGCUCCUUGAUACAUUUUCUACAUGGUACAAUCCCCAGGGUCUAUGUGCGUUAUCUGAGAACGAAGCUAUUAACGUUUUAGCCUUUCCUGGUAGUCAUCGUGGCACUUUGUGCGUGAGGUUGUAUCAUACUGAUAGUGGUAUCGAUACAUUUUCUGCUGACGACAGCGUGUUGAUUGAAGCGCAUGAAUCUGAUAUUUGUGCCGUUGGGCUGAGCAUCGACGGUUUACUUGUUGUUACUGCUUCUAGUUGUGGUACCUUUGUGCGUUUAUGGAGUGCUUUAUCUGGUAUAAAGUUGCAAGAGUUUCGGAAAUCAGCCGGUGGCGGUGUACUGCGUAUAUGUCAUUUAAGUCAGGAUACUCAUUUUUUGUGUACGGUCAGUGAUAGUGAUGUGGUUUGUGUUUACCGUGUGCGUUUACGCGCUAAAGCGAAGCGCCGUGUUACCCCUGGUGGUACUGGGUGUAUAUCGGACGCCAUUUCAUCCCCGUCGUCUUCACGGAUCUGUUUACCAUUGAAGAUCCUUCGUCAUACACGUUUAUAUUUGGAAGCGCCAUCACCAUACAGUAGGUUUAGGUCACCUGCAUCGGUGAUGGCGGCCACUUUCCUUCCAAAUACUAACAACCUCUUGCUAGUGCUUGCCAACGGCAGGGUCCACAGGCUAAGCAUUGCAAGCCACUUUAAAUUGUUAGGUAACCACGCUCUUUAA